AUGCGAAAAAGUAACCAAGCGAUAUAUUUAUUGAACACCUUUUCUCCGUUUAAUCUUAAACGUUUAGGUAUUGCUUCUUCGCUAGCCCGUUCAAAAAGACCUCAACUUUCAAAAUUUACUCCAGGGUUUACGUUACGUUCCUCAUUGUCUUCAACACAUCCUCCUCCUUCUCCACCAGAAGACCCUCUACCCACGCCACCACCUGGUUUCAAUUCACCAGUUGACACUUUGCCACCUCCUAAGAAAACCGGUUCCUCGAUAAUUUUUCCUUGGCUCCAUGGUAAUCAACCUCCACGAAUAAAACAAUAUCCAUAUCCGACCGCAAACUUUUGGUCUUCUAUAUUAUCGUUAUUGCCAAUAUUUAUUCAACAUCAAUUAUGCAAGUGGUUGACGGCGAGAAUUUUAACGGGAGCGGUAUCUGCUGUAUAUUUUCCAGAGCAAUUUCUGCAAGGAGUCUCGUUAGCUGCACGUCAAGUAUGUGAGUCUCUGUCCACUCCAGUGGAACGUGACGACUUGCGAUUGAUGUUGACUACAAGGUUUUAUGAUAGAAUUAUCAAUGAAGUCGAUAAAUUAGAAUCAGAGAAAUCUAAAGUAACAAUUGAUAUACCCAAAAUUUAUGGAAUAAAUAUUCGUGAUAUUUGGGUUACGCUUGGGCCUAGAAAAGCAUAUUCUGAAAAAAAUCGGGAAUAUCGUAUAUUAAAUUGGAUGACAUUGACAUUGGCUAUUCGUAAGGCUCAAGAUGAUAACAUUAAUGAAUCAAGGGCAAAAGUUGCUAAAAGUUUUAGUGAUGGGAUUAAUUUUAAAGUGGACGUGGAAAUAGAUGCUGAGGUGACAUACACAUUAAAAUCCGCAAAAGAUGAGAUAUUGAUAGAUGAUCGUUCAAGAAGGCCAGUAUUGUUCCGGUUUGAAAGCCCUCAUUUUGAACCUAGCGAUCGAAUAUAUUACAAAGUAUCUUCUGAUCUUAUUGAAGAACCACCAGUAAAUUGGAAUUGGCGUGUUGGAGAUAUUGAUUAUUUGUUGGAAAUUGAAGAUUUGGAAAAUGAAGCAAGGGAAGAGAAAGAUUUAAAUCAAUUGGAAGACUGA